AUAGUGAUACAUCUGAAGAUAUGAAACCUCUUCCAUUCGUGUCCCUGAUCCUUGAAGCAGCCGCCUCACCCAGCACUCCGGAGGAUGAAGCGUCCAGACGAUGUCCGACUCCCACUUUGAUCCGUCUGAACUCAGGUCCACGGACUGCAACGCACAGCACUUUUAUGGAGGAAGUCGGACGCACCCAGAGGAUGAGCGGCCAGGGAGCUUGCAGAGAGCGUCAGUUCAGUGGGACCUCUGCCUGGUCCCAACAGCCUGACCCCAGGGGGUAGGGAGCCCGCAGUGAGCGUCAGGUCAGUGCGACCUCCGCCUGGUCCCAACAGCCCGACCCUGGGGGCCAAGGAAGGGGUGCCAUUUACACCUGGUAAUGACAUGUGCAGGAAUAAUGUAAAUUCCACAUCUAUGGUAAAUUCGUUGUAAAAUUAUUUUAGUUCGUAUUGAAUGUUAACAAUCCAAGUAAGUGUUAACAAGUGUGUAAAUGUUAAUAACCUUCAAGAAUACAAGUCUCUAUCCUGUCUCGGACGAGCUUCCAAUGGACGCCGGGGGGUUUGUACACACAGAACAACCCCUCUACCCAACGAAACUUCCGUAUAGCUCGAAUUGCCAUCGCUGUUGUCCGUCAGAAAUGCAAGCUAAUUGUCGGAUUAAUUACAUCUCAUAAACCCGCGGUAGAGCACUUUAUUCAGAGGCUUCAGCCGCUGUCAUGUUAUUCUCCACACACGUGAGGAAGGGCGCAUGCGUACUAGGGACCCAGUUGGUAUUCUCUGCUGCCCCCUGCUGGUCCGGAGGGGCGCUUUAGUAAACAUUGUUGUUCAGCACAAACGGAACUGGGAAGCACAGUCGCUAUUUUUCCACACCAAAGUUUGUUUAAGUGCGCCGUUAUAACACGCCGACGAGCUGAACGGGACCUCCGUUGUCAGAGCUGAUAGACUAUUAGAGAGUACAGGGAACAGUCGGCCGCCGUCACAGCUGGACGUCCACCUCUCCGCUCGGUGAACAACAGAUCCAGGGCCUUCGACCCAGACCGCCGAGCCCAGCCCUAGGAGAACCCGGAGGAAGAGCCCAAGCCUGAGAUACAAUGCGCGGCCCUUUGCAGUGCGUGUUGUGGGACGUGAAAGACACGCUGCUUAAGGUGCGCAUGUCGGUGGGUCAGCAGUACUGCAUGGAGGCUCGCAGAGCGGGCCUGGACCUGAAAACAUCUGAGGUGGACGUGGCCUUCCGGCAGGCCUAUCAGCACUGCUCCCGCCGCUACCCCAACUACGGCAUCACACAGGGCAUGGAUGGGCAGUCCUGGUGGAUGAAGGUUGUGCGGGAUACUUUCUCAAGGUGCAAGGUUCAAGACCCCACCCUGUUGAACACCAUGGCUCUGAACCUCUACAAUGACUUCUGCAAUCCAGAGAACUGGGAGGUGUUCCCCGACUGCCAGAAGGCUCUGGAGAGCUGCUCCUCUCUGGGCCUGACGCUGGGUGUGGUCUCCAACUUCGACCGGCGCCUGGAGGGCAUCCUACAGGCGUGCGGCCUGCUGACCCACUUCAGCUUCCUGGUGACCUCCGAGGAAGCGGGCGUUGCCAAGCCCGACCCCGCCAUCUUCGAGCAGGCGCUGCAGAGGUGCGGUGUGGCGGCGUCCAACACCGCCCACAUCGGGGACCACUACCUGAUGGACUACCUCAGCUCCCGCUCCCUGGGAAUCCACGGCUAUCUGCUGGACCGCCAGAACAAGUACACAAACUCGGACAUCCCCUCGGAGCACCGCAUCGGCUCGCUGGAUGAGCUGCCUAUGCGGCUGCAGCACUUCAUGGACUAAGCCCCAGGCCCCCGACACUGGGUAAAGUGGGUCUACCGGGUCAAGCCGUGGGUCAAGCUCUCGAUCCCCCUCACAUGCACCCCGAGGCUGACCGUAACAGAUGUGUCGGGUGCUUGGGGUGUCACGCUUUAAACACACCAUCACAGAUUGAUGUAAUUCUUUUUGGGGGGGAAGUUGUUCUUACUUGAGGCUGUGUAACAGUGGAGAAUCCUGCAUUUCAGCAAUCCAAAUAUAUAAUCCCAUAUAAUGCACCUUAGCAAUACUGUAUAACGAUAUAAAUCAUAUGUAUAUGCAAUAAUCUGAAUAAAAAUCAUUUAUAUUCAGUCUGC